GUUUUUGUUUCCUUUGCUCCACCCUACCCCCCCGUGCCGUGCGUAUCGGCCGGGCAUUCCGGUCGAAAGAAAACACCACACCCCAAGGCCCCCUGUUCAAAGAACUUGGCCUUUGUGGCACCAGCAUAGUCUUCCUGUGUUGAAUAAUGGCCGACGACGAUGCGGAACCCCGGACACAGGCAGCCGAGGCAGGGUUCGGUUCGGCGGUCCCAUCUUCGGCUUCCAAGUCUUCGGAGCCCAUGGCAUGCGUGGGCUGCCGCAGUCGAAAGCUGAAGUGUUCACGUGAUUUACCUGUUUGCGUUCGUUGCACGAGGCUCAAGAUCGAAUGUGUAUACCCCGAGUCUCGAAGGAAGCCGUCGAACAAGCGCAAAAAUGUCAAGGAGCUCGAGGCUCGAUUAGCACUUGUUGAGGAUCUCCUCAAGGACGCCGGUGCCAAUUCAAAACAUGAUGGUGUCAAGAGUCCGUCCGUCGAAACCCUUGGUGAUGUCAACUUUGAUGGCAUUAGCCCUGGGUCUGGGUCUGGUGAUGGUUCUCCAGAGAUCGAAUAUACAUAUGAAGAUGCCUUACCGCCCUUUUCUGGAAAUUCAUCCAAGGGUCUCGGUCAAAACGUGAACCAGCAAACGAGCAGUGACUACUUCAAUACGCAAGAACUGAUGGGCCUAGGCAUGUUCGAGGUUCCCCCUCCUCCCGGCGUUGUUGAUGAAAUGCACACCCACUUCUUUCAACAACAACACACUUUCAUCCCUAUUAUUCACCCAGCUCGUUACCUUAAAGCUUACCAUUCUCCAAUACACAUGCGUCCUCCCAUGGCCCUUCAGUACGCCAUCUGGGCCAUGGCCUCCUAUCAGAUGGAUAAAUACGCGGCAUUCCAUGACCCUUACUAUCGUAGGUCACGGCAAUAUCUGGAAGCUGACGAGCUCAAGGGCGUCGGAGAACAAUUCAUCACAGUUCAGCAUGCGCAAGCCUGGGCGUUGGUGGCUGCGUACGAGGCACGAACCAUGCACUUCACCCGCGCUGCCAUGAGCUGCGCCAGGAGUCUUAAGCUUUGCCACAUGAUGGGUCUACAUCGCCUCGAUGAGCCGGGAUAUUUGGACAAGAUAACACCCACGAUACUUCCACCGCAAAACGAAGGGUAUUUUGGGGUGCUUUCAUUAUCGACAGUCAUGCCUCAGUCUCGACAGGCUGGCCGAAUCGCAACCAACGUACCAAGCUCGCAUGAUGCAUUCAUCAGCGGCAAAGAAGAGGAAACAGUAAGGCUGCAAGAGAUAUUCUUUGGCGCCACUUAUUCUACGUUUGCCGGAUCAAUCGGCAUAUGCUAUAUAUUCAACCAAAUUCUGGCCCACGUCGGCCAGCUUCGUCCCGAUGAUCGUCCCGGAGACCUCGAAUACGGUCCCUUCUGGAAACGCCACAGGGAAAUUGAUAAUACGCUAUCCAGUUCAUUCAUGUUCCUUCCACCAGGUAUACGGCUGCCCAAGAAUUACCGGAACCCCUCUGCCGUGUUUAUGAACCUGAACCUGCAUGCCGCCGUUAUCUGUCUGCACCAGUGCGCUAUCGAUCGUGCAGAAGCAAACGACCUUUCCGACAGCAUCGUGCAGCCCAGCAUGGUUCGUGUCAUCAACUCAGCGGAUGAGAUCGUCAACAUUGUAAAGCAAGCAGUCCAGGUGGACACCGCGACAGCGUUCAAGAACCCGCUCGUCGCGCUCAGCUUGUACUGUGCGGCUUCAGUGUACAUGUAUGUCUCGAGCGAGCGGGAAAAGGAUGGAAAAGAUAUAUUCAAGGAGACACAAGCGAAACCCAGCCACCUGGACGCCUUGGGCUUCCUCAUAAAGUGCUUGAUAGCCAUCAGCAGGGUUCACCACAUCACGCAGUCAUUCUUGCGACAGGUUCUUGUGGACCUGGAUCAUUACAAUCUUACAGCCCUCAUCAGGGUUCCACCAAUCGAGGGUCUCGAUUUGACCAAGGUCGGCUACAACAUACCGUUGCUGGCUCGGACUUCACUGGCGAGCCAUGCCAAGGUCCAAUCGCCGCUUCCUGGCUACCUGCCACUUGGUAAGCCGAUGGGACAGUCCGAAAAGAAAUGGUUUGGCAAGGCAAAACCACCAGUCACCUGGGUGUGUGGUCAGGGGUCGACAUCAAACUCAUCUCAAAAAGAAGCGCAAGUCGACGAAGCCAGAAAUGGACAGGAGGAGGAUGGAAAUCGCGGCAAACGAAGACGUAUGAGCAAGGAUGAGAACUCGACCAGUCAACGACCAGCUCGAGACGCGCAACAAGUCAACUCGUACUAUGACAACUGGCAAUAUGCUGGUGAUUCUCCGGAAGUCAUGGAAUGUUCGGGUCCGACGACCUCGGGAUACCCCCAGCACCAGCAGCAGCAGCAGCAGCCACAACAGCAACAACAACAGCAGCAGCAACAGCAACAACAGCAGCAACAACAGCAACAGCAACAGCAACAACAGCAGCAGCAACAACAACAACAACAACAACAACAACAACAACAGCAAAAGCAACAGCCACAGCAGCAGCCACAGCAGAUAUCCCCACUGGCCGUAGGGUCUUCGGGUCUGCUUUCUUCGUUUCAAACAGCGCUGCCGCACAGAAAUAGCAACUCGUCAUGUAGCUCGCCGCCUGGCAUCUACACUGGCUCCCGCGACUCAUCUAACGACACGCCAACCACCGCGACUUACAGCACAGCAUCGGCGGCAAGCGACAGCGGUGGCCUGUUUGGCGGCCCGCCGCCUGCUGCCGGUCUUGGCGACCAUCAAACGGUCUUCAUGACGGACGAAAUGUGGAACACAGCAGAGAUUCACGCCUUUGUGCAGUCAACAUCGUCGAAUCAGCCGCACGUCUCUGGAGUAGGGCCGGAAACCCAACCACUAGAUGUAUCUUGGAAUUUUAUGGGAUAA